CUGGGCGCCCCGGCCAGUCCGCACUCCGGUCCCCGCGCCUGGCGCCGACCUCCCUCGAGCGCAGCGCCCACGGAGCACGGGUCGCGGGGCGGCGGCGACCAGGGGAGACGAGCGGGAGUCGGAGGAGUCGGAGGAGUCGGGGGAGGCGAGGGCGAGCGCACCGAGCGGGGUCCCGGCCGCCCCGCGGGCCAAGGUCGAGCCCUCCCGCCCGUGGGCGAGCGCGCCCGCCGACCCGCGCCCGAGAGCCGCGGCCACAAAGAGCGGGCCGGCGCCGCUCCCCAUGCCUUCCUGAGGCCGGACGGCCCCGCCGAGCCCGCGCCCCCGAGUGUCCCCGCGCGCCCCACCCGCGCCCCGCCGGCAUGGACGUCCACACCCGCUGGAAAGCGCGCAGCCCGCUCCGUCCGGGCGCCCCGCUCCCGUUCCCGCCGCCGCUGCUGCUGCUGCUGCUGCUGUGGGCGCCGCCCCCGAGCCGCGCAGCUCAGCCAGCAGACCUCCUGAAGGUUCUAGAUUUUCACACCUUGCCCGACGGCGUAACCAAGACAACGGGGUUCUGCUCCACGCGGCGGUCUUCCAGGGGCCCGGAUGUUGCUUACAGAGUCACGAAGGACGCCCAGCUCAGCGCGCCCACCAAGCAGCUGUACCCUGCGUCUGCGUUUCCCGAGGACUUCUCCAUCCUCACCACCGUGAAAGCCAAGAAGGGCAGCCAGGCCUUCCUGGUCUCCGUCUACAACGAGCAGGGCAUCCAGCAGCUCGGCCUGGAGCUGGGCCGCUCCCCCGUCUUCCUGUACGAGGACCACACGGGGCGGCCGGGGCCGGAGGAUUACCCCCUCUUCCGGGGCAUCAACCUGUCGGAUGGCAAGUGGCACAGGAUCGCGCUCAGCGUCCACAGGAAAAACGUCACCCUGAUCCUGGACUGUAAGAAGAAGGCCACCAAGUUCCUGGACCGCAGCGACCACCCCACGAUCGACACCAACGGCAUCAUCGUGUUCGGCACCCGGAUCCUGGACGAGGACGUGUUCGAGGGGGACAUCCAGCAGCUGCUCUUCGUCUCGGACCACCGGGCGGCGUACGAUUACUGCGAGCACUACAGCCCCGACUGCGACACUGCCGUCCCCGACACCCCCCAGUCCCAGGACCCCAACCCAGACGAAUACUACCCGGAGGGCGACGGGGACAGCGAGCCCUACUACUACGAGUACCCCUACUACGAGGACACGGACGACCCCAGCAAGGAGCCCGCCGCCACCAAGGAGCCCGUGGAGGCCGCUAAGGAGACCACGGAGAUUGCCGAGGAGCUGACGCUGCCCCCCACGGGGGCCCCUGCCGUGCCCGACACCAGCGAGGGGGCCGGGAAGGAGGACCCGGACCCGCUGGACUACGACUACGUGCCCAGCGAGGACUACUACACGCCGGCCCCGUACGAGGACAGCUACGGCGAGGGCCUCGGGGCCGAGGUGCCCACCGGCACGGCCGGCACCGCCAACGCCUCCAACCCGGGCCCGCCCCCCGCGGAGGGGAAGGAGGACCCGGACGGGGACUUCACGGAGGAGACCAUCAAGAACCUGGACGAGAACGAGAGCUACUACGACCCCUACUACGACCCCACCGUGUCCCCGUCCGAGAUCGGGCCGGGCAUGCCCGCCAACCAGGACACCGUCUUCGAGGGGAUCGACGGGCCGCGGGGCGAGAAAGGUCAAAAGGGAGAACCCGCCAUCAUCGAACCCGGCAUGCUCUUGGAGGGGCCGCCCGGCCCCGAAGGCCCCGCGGGCCUCCCAGGACCUCCAGGGACCAUGGGUCCCACGGGCCAAGUGGGCGACCCUGGAGAAAGGGGUCCCCCUGGGCGACCGGGUCUGCCGGGGGCCGACGGGCUGCCCGGCCCCCCUGGGACCAUGCUCAUGCUGCCCUUCCGGUUUGGAGGGGGUGGCGAUGCCGGCUCCAAAGGCCCCAUGGUCUCAGCCCAGGAGUCCCAGGCUCAAGCCAUCCUGCAGCAGGCGCGGCUGGCGUUGAGGGGCCCGGCCGGCCCCAUGGGUCUGACCGGGAGGCCUGGCCCCGUGGGCCCCCCCGGGAGCGGAGGUUUGAAGGGCGAGCCGGGCGACAUGGGUCCGCAGGGCCCCCGAGGGGUGCAGGGCCCGCCCGGCCCGACCGGAAAGCCUGGAAGAAGGGGCCGGGCUGGCAGUGACGGCGCGAGAGGGAUGCCUGGCCAGACCGGCCCCAAGGGUGACCGCGGCUUCGACGGGCUGGCGGGGCUGCCCGGAGAGAAGGGCCACCGGGGUGACCCUGGCCCCUCGGGCCCGCCGGGACCCCCGGGAGAAGACGGAGACAGGGGUGACGACGGAGAAGUCGGGCCCCGAGGGCUGCCCGGGGAGCCGGGGCCGCGCGGUCUGCUGGGGCCAAAGGGCCCUCCGGGCCCCCCGGGACCUCCCGGCGUGACGGGGAUGGACGGCCAGCCGGGCCCCAAAGGAAACGUGGGUCCCCAGGGAGAGCCCGGCCCCCCCGGACAGCAGGGCAACCCAGGUGCCCAGGGUCUGCCAGGCCCCCAGGGCGCCAUCGGGCCUCCAGGAGAGAAGGGCCCCCUGGGGAAGCCGGGCCUCCCAGGAAUGCCGGGCGCCGACGGACCCCCGGGGCACCCUGGCAAAGAGGGCCCCCCCGGAGAGAAAGGAACUCAGGGUCCCCCUGGCCCCCAGGGCCCCAUCGGCUACCCUGGCCCCCGAGGAGUCAAGGGGGCGGACGGCAUCCGUGGUCUGAAGGGCACGAAGGGCGAGAAGGGAGAAGACGGCUUCCCGGGGUUCAAAGGAGACAUGGGCGUCAAGGGGGACCGGGGGGAGAUCGGCCCCCCGGGCCCCCGAGGGGAGGACGGCCCCGAAGGCCCCAAGGGGCGCGGCGGCCCGAACGGCGACCCCGGCCCUCUGGGACCCUCUGGGGAGAAGGGAAAGCUCGGAGUCCCGGGGCUCCCGGGCUACCCUGGACGACAAGGGCCGAAGGGCUCCAUCGGAUUUCCUGGAUUUCCGGGCGCCAACGGAGAGAAGGGUGGCCGGGGCACCCCUGGGAAGCCGGGACCACGGGGGCAGCGAGGCCCGACGGGUCCCCGGGGCGAGAGGGGCCCGCGGGGCAUCACCGGGAAGCCGGGCCCCAAGGGCAACUCUGGAGGCGAUGGCCCGGCCGGCCCACCGGGUGAACGGGGACCCAACGGACCCCAAGGACCCACGGGCUUUCCUGGACCCAAGGGCCCCCCUGGCCCCCCCGGCAAGGACGGGCUCCCGGGACACCCUGGCCAGAGAGGCGAGACCGGUUUCCAAGGCAAGACCGGCCCCCCAGGACCCCCGGGCGUGGUCGGCCCUCAGGGUCCCACAGGAGAGACGGGCCCGAUGGGCGAGCGUGGCCACCCCGGGCCCCCGGGCCCCCCGGGUGAGCAGGGCCUCCCGGGCCUCGCUGGGAAAGAAGGGACGAAGGGGGACCCAGGCCCCGCCGGCCUCCCCGGGAAGGACGGCCCCCCAGGACUGCGUGGCUUCCCCGGGGACCGAGGGCUCCCAGGUCCAGUGGGAGCACUUGGACUGAAAGGCAGCGAGGGCCCCCCAGGCCCGCCGGGCCCCGCGGGAUCCCCGGGCGAGAGAGGUCCAGCCGGAGCUGCCGGGCCCAUCGGAAUCCCAGGGAGACCCGGGCCCCAGGGACCCCCAGGGCCAGCCGGGGAGAAAGGAGCACCUGGCGAGAAAGGCCCACAAGGCCCCGCUGGCCGCGAUGGUCUCCAGGGUCCGGUGGGGCUCCCCGGCCCGGCCGGCCCUGUGGGCCCCCCCGGAGAAGACGGAGACAAGGGAGAGAUCGGGGAGCCGGGGCAGAAGGGCAGCAAGGGCGACAAAGGAGAGCAGGGUCCGCCCGGGCCUACGGGUCCUCAAGGCCCCAUCGGACAGCCGGGCCCCUCGGGAGCGGACGGAGAGCCGGGGCCCCGGGGCCAGCAGGGCCUUUUCGGGCAGAAAGGGGACGAAGGCCCAAGAGGGUUCCCCGGGCCCCCUGGACCCGUGGGGCUGCAGGGUCUGCCGGGGCCGCCGGGGGAGAAGGGAGAGACGGGCGACGUGGGCCAGAUGGGCCCCCCCGGCCCCCCCGGCCCCCGAGGACCCUCCGGAGCGCCAGGUGCUGACGGGCCGCAAGGUCCCCCCGGAGGAAUAGGCAACCCUGGAGCCGUGGGAGAGAAGGGCGAGCCUGGAGAAGCUGGCGAGCCUGGCCUUCCCGGAGAAGGGGGCCCCCCGGGACCCAAAGGCGAGAGGGGGGAGAAGGGCGAGGCGGGCCCGUCUGGUGCUGCUGGACCCCCUGGACCCAAAGGCCCGCCCGGCGACGACGGCCCCAAAGGCAGCCCCGGCCCCGUCGGUUUCCCCGGAGAUCCCGGUCCCCCCGGAGAGCCCGGCCCCGCGGGUCAGGAUGGUCCCCCUGGUGACAAAGGGGACGACGGCGAGGCGGGGCAGACGGGAUCCCCAGGCCCCACUGGCGAGCCGGGCCCGUCCGGGCCUCCGGGAAAACGGGGUCCCCCGGGGCCCGCAGGCCCUGAAGGCCGACAGGGGGAGAAAGGAGCCAAGGGGGAAGCCGGCUUGGAGGGUCCUCCUGGGAAGACUGGCCCCAUCGGCCCCCAGGGGGCCCCCGGGAAGCCGGGGCCUGACGGCCUGCGAGGGAUCCCCGGCCCCGUGGGUGAACAAGGUCUUCCAGGAUCCCCAGGCCCCGAUGGCCCCCCCGGGCCCAUGGGCCCCCCAGGACUCCCCGGCCUCAAAGGAGACUCUGGCCCCAAAGGGGAAAAGGGUCACCCGGGCCUGAUCGGACUCAUCGGGCCUCCGGGCGAGCAGGGCGAGAAGGGCGACCGCGGCCUCCCCGGCCCACAGGGCUCCUCCGGCCCCAAGGGCGAGCAGGGAAUCACUGGUCCUUCCGGCCCCCUCGGCCCCCCGGGCCCCCCGGGCCUGCCGGGUCCCCCCGGUCCCAAAGGUGCUAAGGGCUCCUCGGGUCCCACUGGCCCGAAGGGUGAGGCAGGCCACCCAGGACCCCCCGGCCCACCGGGCCCCCCGGGCGAGGUCAUCCAGCCGCUGCCGAUCCAGGCGUCCAGGACGCGGCGGAACAUCGACGCCAGCCAGAUGCUGGACGACGGGGAGGGCGAGAGCUACACGGACUACGCGGACGGCAUGGAGGAGAUCUUCGGCUCGCUCAACUCGCUCAAGCUGGAGAUCGAGCAGAUGAAGCGGCCGCUGGGCACCCAGGAGAACCCCGCCCGCACCUGCAAGGACCUGCAGCUCUGCCACCCCGACUUCCCCGACGGCGAAUACUGGGUGGACCCGAACCAGGGCUGCUCCAGGGACUCCUUCAAAGUUUACUGCAACUUCACGGCCGGGGGGGCCACGUGCGUCUUCCCUGACAAGAAGUCCGAGGGGGCCAGAAUCACCUCUUGGCCCAAAGAGAACCCGGGCUCCUGGUUCAGUGAAUUCAAGCGCGGGAAACUGCUGUCCUACGUGGACGCCGAGGGCAGCCCCGUGGGCGUGGUCCAGAUGACCUUCCUGCGCCUGCUGAGCGCCUCCGCCAACCAGAACGUCACCUACAACUGCUACCAGUCGGUGGCCUGGCAGGACGCCGCCACGGGCAGCUACGACAAGGCCAUGCGCUUCCUGGGCUCCAACGACGAGGAGAUGUCCUACGACAACAGCCCCUACAUCCACGCCCUGGUGGACGGCUGUGCGACCAGGAAAGGCUACCAGAAGACGGUGCUGGAGAUCGACACCCCCAAGGUGGAGCAGGUGCCCAUCGUGGACAUCAUGUUCAGCGACUUCGGCGAGGCGGCCCAGAAGUUCGGAUUUGAAGUGGGGCCGGCCUGCUUCCUGGGCUAGGAGCCGCCGACCGCGACCAACCUCGUGACCUCAGCACGCCGCCGGUGGGUGUCCUGGACAGCGAAGGCCCCUCGUCCCGUCCCCGACCUCGUCCGCGCCCCGGCACCCCGCCAGGCCGCACCCCAAACCAGAGAGAGCAAAGGGAAAGAGCCGUGUCCCCACUCAGAGCCGAAUCACAUGACCUAGACGCCCCCCCGCCGCCGGGCCGCACCGCCGUCUCCAGCCCGGCUCCGUCUACACCGCGUCGCGCUCCACGGGACGGGACGGGCCACGCGGCCCCGCGACCUCGCGACCUCGCCCGUGGAGCCUUCGCGGGGCUGGGGCGGGGCGGGGGCCGCGGGUUUGGAGAGGACGUUCUACAAAUUCCACUUGAAGACGUGCGUCCCCCUGACCUUCCACAAACCUUCCCCGCCCCGCCCCCUCGGGGCCCGGUGCCAGCCAUUCACGUGCCGCCACGGUCCCAGGUGCUCUGUUGUGAUGUGAAGUAAAUGUGUGUAUUGUGUUGUCAUGACCGUUCAGUGUCCCCGACUUUCAGCCACGUAGGCAAGCCCAGCUCAGCCCCAGGGGAGAAGGGGACGGGCGGGGGGUCGGGGUGCAGGGCCCGUGCCCGAUGCAGUCCCUCUGGCGAGACCCGGGAGCCCGCCCCCGCCCCCACCCCACCGGCACGCGCAGGGGCAGGAGGUGGAAAUCUGCCCAGACGGGAGGAUUCCCGCGCUGACGCGCAGGUGCGGCCUGCUCCCGCCUUGGGGUUCCAUUAGCUCUGGCUUUUCCACGGGAGGAGCAGGCAUUUACCCGCUGCCUUCUCGGCAGGCACUUGGGGUGGAAGGCGGGCUCAGUGACCCCAUAUACCCACCCCCACCCCCCAGCGGGCGCGUCCGGGGCAGGAGGCCGCGUGUCCUGCCAACGGUCACUAAGCGACACUCGGUGCUUUUACUCUCUGUGGUGCUAUCCGUCUUGAGAUCCUGAAGGUGACGCUGGCCUGGCCGGGCCUCCCGCCCCCUCCGUCCUCCACCAUCCGGGUUUCUACCAGGGACGC